AACUGGAAGAGUCCAGACAGAAAUGUCCACCAUGCUGGUAUAAAUUUGCUAACACUUGCUUGAUUUGGGACUGCUGUACCCUCUGGCUGAAAAUCAAACAUAUUGUACAUUUGAUUGUGAUGGACCCAUUUGUUGAUCUGGCCAUUACUAUCUGCAUUGUCCUAAACACCCUGUUCAUGGCAAUGGAGCACUAUCCAAUGACAGAACAGUUUAGUGGUGUGCUUUCAGUAGGAAACCUCGUGUUUACUGGAAUUUUCACAGCAGAAAUGUUUCUCAAGAUAAUUGCCAUGGAUCCUUAUUAUUACUUCCAAGAGGGCUGGAAUAUUUUUGAUGGUUUUAUUGUGAGUCUUAGUUUAAUGGAGCUUGGCCUUGCAAAUGUAGAAGGAUUAUCUGUCCUUCGAUCAUUCCGAUUGCUUCGAGUUUUCAAACUGGCAAAAUCUUGGCCAACUCUAAAUAUGCUGAUAAAAAUUAUUGGCAACUCAGUGGGGGCUUUGGGAAAUCUGACCCUGGUGCUGGCCAUCAUUGUGUUCAUUUUCGCUGUGGUUGGGAUGCAGCUGUUUGGGAAAAGCUACAAGGAAUGUGUCUGCAAGAUCUCCAGUGACUGUGAACUUCCACGCUGGCACAUGCAUGACUUCUUCCACUCUUUCUUGAUUGUGUUCCGAGUGCUGUGUGGAGAAUGGAUAGAAACAAUGUGGGACUGCAUGGAGGUUGCAGGCCAAACUAUGUGCCUUACUGUCUUCAUGAUGGUCAUGGUGAUUGGAAACCUAGUGGUACUUAACCUCUUUUUGGCCUUGCUGCUGAGCUCAUUUAGUUCAGACAACCUUGCUGCUACAGAUGAUGAUAAUGAAAUGAACAAUCUACAGAUUGCUGUGGCAAGGAUUCAGAAAGGCAUAGAUUAUGUGAAGAGAAAACUGCGUGAAUUCAUUCAAAAAGCCUUUGUUAGAAAGCAGAAAGUUUUAGAUGAAAUCAAACCUCUUGAAGACCUAAAUAAAAAAGACAGCUGUAUUUCCAACCACACAAUAGUAGAUAUAGGUAAAAACCUUGCCUAUCUUAAAGAAGGGAAUGGAACUACCAGUGGUAUAGGCAGCAGUGUGGAAAAAUAUGUUGUUGAUGAAAGUGAUUAUAUGUCAUUCAUAAACAACCCAAGUCUCACUGUCACGGUGCCAAUUGCUGUUGGGGAAUCAGAUUUUGAAAAUUUAAAUACAGAGGAGUUCAGCAGCGAGUCAGACCUGGAAGAAAGCAAAGAGAAAUUAAAUGCAUCCAGUUCAUCAGAAGGCAGCACAGUUGAUAUUGGACUACCUCAAGAAGGGGAACAGCCCGAAGCAGAACCUGAAGAAGCUCUGGAGCCAGAGGCUUGUUUUACAGAAGGCUGUGUGCGAAGAUUCAAAUGCUGUCAAGUCAGUGUAGAAGAUGGGAAAGGGAAAAUCUGGUGGAAUCUUAGGAAAACCUGCUAUAAGAUUGUUGAACACAACUGGUUUGAGACCUUCAUUGUCUUCAUGAUUCUCCUCAGCAGCGGUGCUCUGGCAUUUGAAGAUAUAUACAUAGAGCAACGUAAAACUAUCAAGACCAUGCUGGAAUAUGCUGACAAAGUUUUUACUUAUAUCUUCAUUCUGGAAAUGCUUUUAAAAUGGGUGGCUUAUGGCUUUCAAACGUAUUUCACUAAUGCGUGGUGCUGGCUGGACUUCCUGAUUGUUGAUGUCUCUUUGGUUAGCUUAACAGCUAAUGCCUUGGGCUACUCAGAACUUGGUGCGAUUAAAUCCCUUAGGACACUAAGAGCUUUGAGACCUCUAAGAGCCUUGUCGCGAUUUGAAGGGAUGAGGGUGGUUGUGAAUGCCCUUUUAGGAGCAAUUCCAUCCAUUAUGAACGUGCUUCUUGUUUGCCUUAUAUUCUGGCUGAUCUUCAGCAUCAUGGGAGUAAAUCUAUUUGCUGGAAAAUUUUACUACUGUGUUAAUACUACAACUGAUGAGAGAUUUGAUAUCAGCCAAAUCAACAACUAUAGUCAGUGCGAGGAGCUCAUAAAAAACAAUGAAACUGCCCGAUGGAAGAAUGUGAAGGUUAACUUUGAUAAUGUAGGCCUUGGUUAUCUUUCUCUGCUUCAAGUGGCUACAUUUAAAGGCUGGAUGGACAUCAUGUAUGCAGCUGUGGAUUCUCGUAAUGUAUUGGAUCAGCCUAAGUAUGAAGAUAACCUGUAUAUGUAUCUUUACUUUGUCAUAUUUAUCAUCUUUGGAUCUUUCUUUACCUUGAACCUUUUCAUUGGUGUCAUCAUAGACAAUUUCAACCAGCAGAAAAAGAAGUUUGGAGGUCAAGACAUCUUUAUGACUGAAGAACAGAAGAAAUACUACAAUGCAAUGAAAAAAUUGGGGUCAAAGAAACCACAAAAGCCUAUACCUCGACCAGCAAACAAAUUCCAAGGCAUGGUCUUUGAUUUUGUAACAAAACAAGCAUUUGACAUCAGUAUCAUGAUACUCAUCUGCCUUAACAUGGUCACAAUGAUGGUGGAAACAGAUGAUCAAAGUGAAGACAUGGAAAACAUCUUAUAUUGGAUUAACCUGGUGUUUAUUGUACUUUUCACUGGAGAAUGUGUCCUCAAAUUGAUCUCACUUCGUCAUUACUACUUUACUAUAGGCUGGAAUAUUUUUGAUUUUGUGGUUGUCAUUCUCUCCAUAGUAGGAAUGUUCUUAGCUGAGAUGAUAGAGAAAUAUUUU